UGUAGCCCAUAAAGCAAAGGGCCCCUCCUAAAUUCCCAAUCUCAUCUCUCCAACAUCCACGGAAACAAACCCUAAUCAACGACGAUGAUGCUCAGGCAAGCCGCGAAGAACGCUCUAGGCCUUACGUCGCGCCAAUCGACCCCGUGGUCCGUCGGUAUCUUCCGAUCGUACCACGAGAACGUCAUCGACCACUACGAUAACCCCCGCAACGUCGGGUCUUUCGACAAGAACGAUCCCAGCAUCGGCACGGGUCUCGUCGGAGCUCCCGCGUGCGGUGAUGUGAUGAAGCUGCAGAUCAAGGUCGAUGAGAAGACUGGUCAGAUCGUCGAUGCUCGUUUCAAGACCUUUGGCUGUGGCUCCGCUAUCGCGUCUUCGUCUGUCGCCACUGAAUGGGUGAAAGGCAAAGCUAUGGAGGAAGUUCUGACCAUCAAGAACACCGAAAUCGCCAAGCAUCUUUCUCUCCCACCAGUGAAGCUCCAUUGCAGUAUGCUAGCCGAGGACGCCAUCAAGGCAGCUGUGAAAGACUACAAGGAGAAGCGAGUGAAAACAAACGGUGCUGCAGCAGUAGCAGCAGCUGGAGAAACCGCGCAGGCUUGAUUUUCCUCUGCUGAUGUUUUUAUACCAUGACGUGUAUAUGAUGGUACAAACAGGAGAUGUGUAAGAGAAGACUACGUGCAACCUAUGGUAUAAUCUCUGAAGGGUUAAGUCUAGGAAUAUUAUGAAUAAACUCUGUUUGACAAAUACAUCUGAGAUGUAAGCUGUUUGAUGUUUUGUUAUGGUUUUCCUUCCUUUGUGAGAUUUAUUAUCUAUUAAAGACAAGUCAGCAAUUACUUUUUUCUGUCUA